AUGCAGUUUAGUCUCCUAGAAGCAAUGGAUCAAUGGCGACAAUCGCUUGUAGCUGUAAAACAGAGGACACCUGAAAAAAUGAAUCAUCGUCGGCCAGCAUUCUGCAAUUUCUGUCGAGAAAAGCUUUCUGGUCUGACUUGGCACGGGUGGUCUUGUGAAAUAUGCAAAAUGAAAGCUCACAAGAAGUGUAUGAACAAAAUUGUCGAACGGUGCAAAUGGACAGUCGAAUGUACAAUUCCCAACCACCUUCGUUACAUAAAUCCUCAGAAUUCGAUAGUCGCUCAUCAAUGGGUUGAAGGUAAUCUUGCUAUGUCCUCCAAAUGUUUAGUUUGCGAAAAAGUUUGCGGAUCCGUUCUUAAAUUAGCUGAUUGGCGGUGUUUAUGGUGUGCUUGCUGCGUUCAUUCCUCCUGUCUUCCCCAACUUGGACGAGGGUGUUCGCUUGGCGCAACUUCUCUUUCUGUUUUACCACCACUUGCCGUUAGAGGUGUUAGUGAAGAAGGCUUAGCAGAUAUACGAACAGAUGCUAUUGGUGGAGAAUGUGGUGGCGGCUCACCUUUACUUGUACUCGUGAACUCCAAAUCAGGUGACAAUCAAGGUCAGCGUAUGAUUCGGAAGUUCAAGCGUUUGCUCAAUCCACUGCAGGUUUUCGACAUUAUAGUCACUGGACCAGAUUUCGCACUCUCGUUUUUUGAUUCCUUUGAUUGUUUUCGAGUGCUUGUUUGUGGUGGUGAUGGCACCGUUGGGUGGGUACUAGGGGCGUUCGAUCGACUAGGAUUGCAUAACAGGUGUCAAUUGGCCAUUCUUCCAAUCGGCACAGGUAAUGACUUGGCUCGUGUACUUGGAUGGGGACAUGCAUUUUAUGAUGAUACACAGUUACCUCAGCUCAUACGAACAUUUGAGCGAGCACACACUCGUAUGUUGGAUCGUUGGAGUGUGCUCUCAGUCGAAGGUCCUCAGGCAGCUGCUGUUCGAGAGUAUAAGGAUACUGUCUUGAAGGACGUACGAGCUGUAUUGGAAGCAAAUGAUCCUAGAGAAGUCUUUAAAGCCGUAAAAUCACUAUGUGAAACUGUACGCGGAUUGAUGGAAAGUAUAGCAGUAACGUAUACUAAAGUUGAACAGUGGGAAAAAGAAGCUGGUCGAUUGUCGAACGAUCCUCUUACCGAGAAAUGCUCUACUCUUUUGCAAAAGCUAGAUGUGCUUAUGAAAUCUUUAAGUAUUGAAGAGAAUAGGAUGGAAGAAAGUGGAUUUGAACCAGAAGAUGAUGAGCGUAGCGCAAGUGAGGAGCGACGAAAGCGUGACCAACUUGUUGGACGAGCAAACAGUUUAAAGAAAGCUUUGAAAGAUAUUAUGAGCAUUGCUGAGCGUGGAAUUGAUCAACAUAUUCGCCUGAGGUUGGUAUUCGAAAACUGUAUCCUGACAACUAAGUUGUAUGCAAGAGAAUUUCCUGUUCUAUGUGAAGUAUAUUACAGAUCUUUUCCUUCCUAUAUUCACUGUCUUUACAGAGACGAUGGAACGAAACGCGAGCGUUUCCGAAAAAAACGCAGCAAAACUACAGCAUCCGUUUUGAAAAUAUCGUCCUCAAACAUUAGUUCAUCUUCUGCGUGUUCUCCUCCAGCUAGUCCGUCAAGGCAACGGAAUCGCUUUGACUAUCUAACUGUAAAAGGAGGUGGUAGCCAGACAAGUGGUAUCGGGAUUUCUCCAUCUCAAUCAUCAAAUCCGGGUCAUUCAACAUUCGAAGUAGGUGAAGAAACCCAAGACACACCAUCUCCAUUACAUCAGUGCAGUGAUUAUGAAUGCGAUUUAAGAGACGAGGCUGUUGAAGCAUUGAACGCAAGGUUAAUUCUAAUAUCUUUUGAUUAUCAAGACUGUGCUCUGGAAGGUGGUUGCUGUUCUCAUGUUGACGAUUUGUCCUGUAGUGGAUCACGAUUGAAACAGUCGAAAAAUAGUAGUAACUUACCUAAUGUGGGAAGAGAUCAGUAUAAGGAGCUGAAGGUGAUGAACAACUAUUUUGGUAUUGGGUUGGAUGCCAAAAUUGCCUUGGAGUUUCAUAAUAAACGUGAGGAGUCUGAAAAAAGCCGCAGUCGUUCUCGUCUCUUUAUGUGGUAUGGUAUUCUCGGCGGAAAGGAACUCAUGCAAAGAACUUAUCGUAACCUUGAUCAACGGAUUCGACUAGAAUGUGAUGGCGUGCCCGUUGAACUCCCAUCUCUUCAAGGCAUCGUUAUUUUGAAUAUCCCAUCGUAUUCGGGGGGCGCUAAUUUUUGGGGAAGUACCAAAGACGAAGUUUUCGCUGUUCAAAGCUUUGAUGAUCGUCUUCUUGAGGUUGUAGCGCUUUUCGGCGUUAUUCAUGUGGCCACAAGUCGUGUUCCCAAUGUCGUUCGCCUUCAGAAUCACCGUAUUGCUCAAUGCCGUCACGUUGAUGGCGAACCAUGGCUCCAGCCUCCUGGCAUCAUGCAGCUUGUGCAUAAGAAUCGCGCUCAGCUUCUUGUUAGGAACGCUGCAUUUGACGCUACGCUCAAAAGGUGGGAGGAACAGAAAGAGCGAACAACAGCGCCUUCCACGCCGACCUCUCUGGCGGCCUCUUUGAUGACAAACGGGGAAGAGCUGCCAUUCUCCCGACGUGCCGCCGAAUUCGUGCAGCUUGUCGAAAGUGAGAUAGCUCAGUUAGGAGUAAGCAGUGGCUUUCUGGAAGCGCUUGAAGCAGCGGCGGUUUCUGUGCGAGCGGUCGAAGAUGAGGUUUGUCCAUCCUUUCAUUGUUUACUAGGUCAAGCACUUCGCGAAGAAGCUUUGAAGGCUAUCGAAUUAGUGGUAAAUCGUCUAGAAGAUCACUUUGGAUGGACGGACCAAACAAAAGUGCCUGCUGGUCAACCCCGCCUUGGCCCUGCCCCGUUGUUCACUUUCGAAGUACAUGGCGACGAACCAGAGCAUUGGCGAUACGUGUUGUGCAGCAUCCGCCAGGCGAUCAGCAGGGAGGAGGCAGCCUUGAACGAAAUAAGAAUAGUGGAACGCCGUCAACGUAAGCGAAGUCGUUUAACUGGUUGGAUUACUCGGAAGUUGCGACGCAACUCUGGCGCACCGUCUACACCUGUCACCAGCUGGUCCAUAAAGGAAGUGUCAGCGUGGUUAAAUUCCCUUGGUUUGUCGCAAUACAGCAGUCAGUUUGAAGCAAACGAUAUUCGUGGGCACGAGUUGAUCCAUCUGGAAUGGACUGACAUGAAGGAUCUUGGUGUGCAUAAAGUUGGACAUGCUAAAAGACUGCAGUGCGCAAUCGCCGAGUUGCGAAAGAAGGAGGUGGAACUGUGCCGCGAGAGUCGCCGAAGCGGACGAAAAGGAGCUAGUCUUUCCGUCGAGCGUGCUUCAUUGGAACCGGCUCCGGAGCUGCCAAGUUUGAGCAGUGUUUAA